UUUUUUGAAGAAUGUGGCGAACGAGAGCGGCAGCGAUAUUCAGAAGCGAUGGAGAUGGUGCGGGAUCGAUUAGCACGUGCCUGUCGCGCGCGCACAUGCAGACGUUACGACGUACAUUUGUUUACCGCGCGUGUGCUCCGAUCUGCCGGAGCGAUUCCGAGCUGACGAAGAGUUUUUGACUGGGAACAUUAAGCGCGCUACACGACAGAUAGUCGAUGCCUCGUCGAUUAUUCGUUCCGAUCGCAAUUGAUUAUCGCGUUCAAACGAGAAUUAUUAAUAACUGAUUAAGAAUUGAACAACGAUUUUCUUUUGCCUGUAAAUUUUGCUUGUGCAAAUAUUUAAGAAGAUAUCAUGGGGCUCGGCUAUCGCGAAAAUAGUCGGCGCGAAUGCAAAACAGCAGAGCACCUUCGCCGAUCGCGUUACUAUGUACGUCUACGAGGAGAUUAUCAACGGGAGAAAGCUGACGGAGAUUAUCAACGAGACUCAUGAAAACGUCAAGUAUCUCCCAGGACAUAAAAUUCCCGAGAAUGUGGUCGCGGUUCCUGAUGUGGUGGAGGCUGCGAAAGGCGCGGACAUACUUAUCUUCGUGGUUCCGCAUCAAUUCAUUCGAAGGAUAUGCAGCACGUUACAAGGAAAAAUCAAACCUACUGCGAUUGGAUUGUCUCUGAUCAAGGGCUUCGACAAGAAAGAAGGUGGCGGUAUCGAGCUUAUCUCUCAUAUCAUAUCAGAACAGCUAAAAAUUCCAGUUUCGGUGUUGAUGGGCGCCAAUCUGGCUGCCGAGGUGGCUGACGAAAUGUUCUGUGAGACCACCAUUGGAUGCAAGGACAAGAUAAAAGCACCUGUACUUCGUGAUUUAAUUCAGACAUCGUACUUCAGAGUAGUAGUCGUCGAGGACGUGGACUCUGUGGAAUGUUGCGGAGCACUGAAGAAUAUAGUUGCCUGCGGCGCUGGCUUUGUCGACGGGCUAGGUCUCGGUGAUAAUACGAAAGCUGCCGUGAUCAGGCUGGGCCUCAUGGAGAUAAUCAAGUUCGUCGACGUGUUCUUCCCAGGCGGGAAAUUGGCGACUUUCUUCGAGAGCUGCGGAGUGGCCGAUUUAAUUACGACAUGCUACGGUGGACGCAAUAGAAAAGUCUCAGAGGCUUUCGUUAAGACCGGCAAGUCGAUCGAGACGCUAGAAAAGGAGAUGCUGAACGGGCAGAAGCUGCAGGGCCCGUUCACUGCCGAAGAGGUCAACUACAUGCUAAAAUUGAAGAACAUGGAGAACAGGUUCCCGCUGUUCACGGCAAUUCAUCGGAUCUGCAUCGGUGAACUAAAAGCGACGGAUUUAAUCGACUGCAUACGCAGCCAUCCGGAACACAUGGACGAAGACACCUCGCCGAUGCCGCUCAAAUCGCCCAAGUGCCGCCUUUGAAGAUGCUCAGCGUCGAUCAUCGAGGGGAGACCGAAAACCAGCGCCGUAGAUUGCCCGAAACUAGUGAACUAACGGUUCAGCGAUUUGUCGAGUGCAGUCGAAGCAUUUUAAUCUUUCCUACGAUAUUACAACAUUACGAAUUGCGAAUAGUUGGCAGAAUUUUGAAUAUUGAUACAUAAUACUGAUUGUAUUUCUUUGUGCAGCAUCUGAAAAAAAGUGUCAUUCAGCUUGAAAGAUUGACCGUUCCGUCGUGAAGGAACGCUCCAUUAAAUAAUAAGACAAACGAAA